CCUGAGAGGUCUAGGGAUCGCCACAACUACACUGCCACUUCAGUCAGUCGCACUUCGACACCCGCACAAAGACGAUAUAGAAGACUUCUGCGCCUGAAGAUGCCCCUUUCAAGCAGCUCCACAUCCUCCACAAAGAGCAUCCGCAGAGCAGCAUCCGAGUUGGAGAGGUCUGACUCCAUCACGUCUCCAAGAUUCCUCGGUCGACGGCAAAGCUUGAUUGAGGACGCGCGCAAAGAGAGGGAAGCCGCCGCUGCAGCGGCAGAUGCUGCAGAGGCCAGUGAGCAGAUAGUGUUUGAGGAGGACAACGGAAAAGCGCUGCUCAACCUUUUCUUCACUUUGAGAAACUCCAAGACACCUGCACUGUCGCGGACACUCAAGGUUUUUGAGACAUUUGAAGCUAAGAUUCAACAUUUGGAGACGCGACCAUGUCUUAAGCUCAAGGACAGCCUGGAGUACUUUGUUCGCUGUGAGGUGCACCUCUCAGAUGUUAGUACGCUCAUCAGCUCCAUCAAGAGGAAUGCAGAGGAUGUUAAAACCACCAGAGAAGUCAAAUUUCAUUGGUUCCCAAAGAAAAUAGCAGAUUUGGACAAAUGUCAUCAUCUGGUCACGAAAUUUGAUCCAGACUUGGACCAAGACCAUCCUGGCUUCACAGACCCUGCUUACAGACAGAGGAGGAAAAUGAUUGGAGACAUCGCCUUCAGAUACAGACAUGGGCAGUUGAUUCCGAGAGUGGAAUACACAGAGGAGGAGAUCGGCACAUGGAGGGAAGUCUACUCAACUCUGAGAGACCUGUAUAUCACCCAUGCCUGCAGUGAAUACCUCGAGUCCCUCCGUCUGCUGGAAAGGUAUUGUGGGUAUAGUCCAGACAACAUUCCCCAGCUGGAAGACGUGUCAUGCUUCAUCAAAGAGCGUACAGGGUUCCUGCUGCGUCCAGUGGCAGGUCUGCUCUCAGCCAGAGAUUUUCUGGCCAGUUUGGCAUUCCGGGUGUUCCAGUGCACCCAGUACAUCCGUCACGCUUCCUCCCCCAUGCACUCCCCAGAACCUGACUGUGUGCAUGAACUGCUGGGCCACGUCCCCAUGCUGGCCGACCGCACCUUUGCCCAGUUUUCACAGAACCUUGGUCUGGCAUCACUUGGGGCUUCAGAUGAAGAUAUUGAGAAACUAUCCACAUUGUACUGGUUCACUGUCGAGUAUGGCUUAUGUAAACAGAAUGGGGAGGUGAGGGCUUACGGAGCUGGACUGCUCUCCUCUUAUGGAGAGCUUGUGCACUCACUGUCUGAUGAACCAGAGACAAGGCAGUUCGAACCAGAGGCUGCAGCAGUGCAGCCUUAUCAAGACCAGACGUACCAGCCCGUCUACUUUGUUUCUGAGAGUUUUUCAGAUGCCAAGGAGAAAUUCAGGGGGUACGUGGCCGGUAUCAAGCGUCCCUUCUCUGUGAAGUUUGACCCGUACACCAGCAGCGUUGAGGUGCUGGACAACCCGCUGAAGAUCCAAGGAGGCCUGGAGGGUGUGAAGGACGACCUUAAGAUACUGACGGAUGCCCUCAGUGUUUUGUCAUGAUGACGCCUCUGUCUGCGACUGCCCUGCUGUUGUCUGCUUCCUCUCCGCUGAGACUUCUGACGUGUGAUCAAGACCAAUGUGUUCAUAUUUCUGUGCUGUACCUCCAGUAUGAUGCUGUUUCUGAUGAGUUGGUGUUUUGCCGUCGCUGGCUAGUUGGCCGACAAGGUUGCAACCAUUAAAACCUCAAUACGCAGUGCAGGCAAAGUUUCCAAAGAUGUUAAACGUCUCGCUGGGUGAAAUUAUUGGGUUUUACAGGCUGGGCCAUUCAUGCUUUUAAAGCAACAUGUGAUAUAAUGAAUGUAUUUAAAGAAAACUAAAUGAAAAAAAGAAAGAAACAUAAUGGUAAAAUAUAGAUUCAAAUGUCUAUUUAGAUUAUAUUUAUUUUAUUUAGAAAGAUCUGUUGUGUUAAAGGCUUUAUUUUCCAUAUAUGCGAUAUCAGUAUUUGAGUAUUGGUCUACUUCUAAAUGUGUUGAUUUGUCUGGUUUUAUGCUGUUUUGUCUUGCACGUUAUAUGCAUACUAAAAUAAAUAUCAAAACAUACUUUCCA